GUGAAAAUGUCGCUACGCUUGGGACUGUUUCUUUUGGGGCUGCUUGCCCCUCUAAUCCUUGUGAAUUCCGCCUUCAUAAACCCACUCAUUGUGGGUGGCGAUCAGGCGGACAUUGCCAACUAUCCGUACCAGGUCUCGGUUCGUCUGGAGACCUACAUGCUGCUCCACAUCUGCGGCGGCAGUAUCUACGCCCCCAAGGUGGUGGUCACAGCCGCUCACUGCGUCAAGGGACGCUUUGCCUCCUACAUCCGGAUCGUGGCUGGCCAGAACUCGAUCGCUGACCUGGAGGAGGAGGGCGUGAAGGUCAGCAAGCUGAUCUACCACAGUGGCUACAACAAGAAGACCUAUGUGAAUGAUAUUGGAUUGAUCAUUACCCGCGAGCCAUUGGAGUAUUCCGCCCUGGUUCAGCCUAUUGCCUUGGCCCUGGAGGCUCCUCCAUCGGGCGCCCAUGCCGUGGUCAGUGGCUGGGGCAAGCGGACCGAAGAGGAUGAGGCCCUGCCUGCUAUGCUGCGUGCCGUCGAGCUGCAAAUUGUGGAAAGGAGCACAUGCGGAUCCCAGUACCUGACCAAGGACUACACCAUCACAGAUGAGAUGAUUUGCGCUGGCUUCUUGGAAGGCGGCAAGGAUACCUGCAAUGGAGAUUCCGGCGGUCCCCUGGUUGUGGAUGGAGUUCAGGUGGGCAUAGUGUCUUGGGGCGUGGGCUGUGGCAGGGAGGGAUUCCCAGGAGUGUACACCAGCGUCAACUCCCACAUUGCCUGGGUGGAGGAGCAGGCAGAGCCGUACCUCUAGUGGGAGAUUCUCUGUCAAAGAAGAGGUACUUUACGGCCUGAAAGCGAACAAAUUAAACGAACAAAAUAUGACAUUACUGACUAAAUCAAGAUUUUAAAAUGAUUAAUACCUUAAUGGAAGUCACCAUUAACCUUGUUUAUGUUUAUAUAAAAAAAGCACUUUGUCUGAAGAAUUUAUCAAUAAAUUAACACAUUUAAGCGGAUAAUUAUGCUGGACUUUGGCUAGUUAUCUGGAAUCUUAA